GAACAGUUUUUAGUACAAAAUAGCACGGCCACUAAGUAGCACACACGUUAAUCAUACGUUCGACAAAUUCAAAAUAAAUAAAAAAAAAAACUAUUUCGAAGAAUUUAUAUUUUUAGAAAAUUGCACCAAUUGCACAAAAAUCAAACGAAACAAAAUGUUGAAAUUUUAUGUAAUCUUCAGUUUGUUACUUAUUGGAGCUUUGGCCCAAGAUAUGCCACCGCCGGAUUUAGAUCCUCCCACAACGACAACAACACAACCUACAACGACUGAACCAACAACGCCAGAGCCCACAACCCCAGAACCCCCAACACCAGAACCCACAACGCCAGAACCCACGGCGCCAGAACCAACAACACCAGAACCCACAACGCCAGAACCCACAACACCAGAACCCCCAACACCAGAACCUACAACAACAGAACCCCCAACACCAGAACCUACAACACCAGAACCCCCAACACCAGAACCCUCAACACCAGAGCCCACAACACCAGAACCCCAAACACCAGAGCCCACAACGCCCGAGCCUACCACAACUACCACCACUACCGAAGCAGAGCCCACUGUGCCAUCAAUAGCACCCACAACAUCACCAACAACUGAAGCCAACAAACCAAAUAACUCCACCCCACAAAAUCCCGUCACAGAUGCUCCCAAUCGACCCACAUAUCCCCAUUAUCCUGGUUAUCCGGAUUAUCAUAAUAGAAAAUGUUAUUUCAAGAAACAAUACGGUCACGCACGUUGGCUAUGGACAUGUAAAGGAUACCAAUAUGUCUAUCCUGUGGAAUGUUUCCAUUGUUGUCUCUAUCAGUAUGCCGACUUUGCUGCCUGUCAGCGAGUGCACUCGAACUAUUGCAACAGCGUGAAACGUUAUUAAAGUUGGUGAUGCGAAGCUUCAUGUAUGGCUUGACUCAAAUACAGUUAAACCUUUGUAUAUACAACCAUAUACAUAUAUAUAAGUACGACUUAUCAAUAUGUAUUUCCCCUAUGUAGAAACAAAACUCGAAUCUUAAAUGAAAUUAUUUUAAGUGAAAUUAACCCAUUUAAUAGAAAUCUUACUGUGUCAACGAGCAACUGAAAUCGAUCAGUUUCAAUAGAACUGGAAGGGGGUUUCCUCUUAGGAAAAAUAAAACAAAACAAAAUAACAACAAUAGAAUCAAUAAAAUAAGUAAAAAAAAACAACAAUACGAAAUUCUUGGUAACGCUUCAUUUGUAAUCUGCUUAGAAGGGUUUUCCAAGUGAUUACUUUUCGCUUUUUUCACAGAAUUGAUAUUUUUAUUUUUAUAUACUUUGUAAAAAUAUCAAUUUACUCGGGCAAAAAAUUGAAAAACACAAUUGCAUUAAAAAAAUACAAAACCAAAUGGAAAAUCUGGAAAAUCUUAUAGAAAACGACCAAAGUUGUAUUCUCCAUCUUGUACACCCUCCACACAUUUGAAAUGUAACUAAUGAAAAACUGCAACAAAAAAAUUAAUAAAAAGUCGCCCAUAUGAUACCCUACACCACAGUGCAUAUUUAGUAGAGCUACCCGUAUCAAAUAAAUGUUUAUUUAGGGAAUUUAUGUGAAGUAUUGGGAAUUUUUGUGAAUACCAACAAUAAACUUUAUUGAAAGCGUAUUAUGGCUUUAAA